AUUUGUUCCCUCUUUCAAUCGUAACAGAAAUAUGUGUGUUAUCCAAGUGAUCAUAACACUUUGUCAUAAGAGGCAACACUGAAAAAUAAUAAUACGUUUACACAAAGUGACACUAUGUUCUCCAAAAGAUUUUUUCAUGAUCAGCAGAUGGUAGAUCUUGUUUUGUCUGAAAAAGCUUUAAUAGUUAAGUCGGUUUAAUGAGACGACAUUGGUUCACGACUGGUUGUUUGUCUUUUUUUAUUAAUCCUGUUUUAAUUUGUUGUGUUUAAAUAAUCCACUGCUUACAUUUAGCUUAGCUAAAUUAUUAUUAUUAAUAUUUAGUUUGGAACUAUGACGGUUAUCAAUGUACGAAUAACAUUCUUGCUGGGUUAUUGAUUUACUUUUAUGUGCCGACCAUCUUAACUUGGGUUCAUGCGUCAUACGAAAGCUUCCACAAAGAUCAACUUCAUCGUAAAGGUCCACGUCUCUGACUGCUCUCUCAAACAUUCUCAGCACUCUUAAAGAUGUUUUUUAAAAAGCACUGAAAAUGCAUUCAUGAUUUUCCUCAGGAGUUUAAUCUGACAUUGGCAGCCUGGCAAAGGAAAAAAAAAACAACUAAAAAACCUUCAGUUGGGCAAAAAUGAUUUUUGAAUUGAAAAAUUACACACUCUUAAAGCCAAUCUAGUACAGAUUGUAUACUUUACAAGCAGCAAGCUUCUGUGUCUGCUUCCUGUUUUAUUCCAUAGACGUUAUGGAUGUUUAUCUGCGUUUCUCUCCUCCUUAAUGCUUUCAACACAACCAUUGCUGCCAUUAACUCUAUGUAUUCAGUUCUCCUGGCCCAGUGCUUCUGUUUUUAUAUGCUCAGGAGAGUUUUACAUGCACCUUCCCAGCAUGCCGCAUUCUACAAUUUUUAUGGUGGAUUAAUCAAAAAUAGAAUCAGUUGAAUACAGCUAUGGUCUACGGGCGAGAGGUGGGGUACAUCCUGGACAGGUCACCAGCCCAUUGCAGAUAUUAUUGUAAUUUUGCUACAAUCCUCUACAGCAUGAGCACUUGCACACAUUAAUAUUUGUAUUGGAUGCAAAUGGGGGACUUGUAAAGUUUACAAAACAGUUCCUCAGCAAUUAUUUUUUCUUUAUUAGCUAAGCGGCUAAUCCGGGAUGUGACGUCAUCAUGACUGCACAUUGUGUGCUUUUCCUUUGAAAGCACCACUCCUUCAUCUGUACUGUAAAUGCCACACCUCACCAGGUGAUUCAUAUUUUUACAUUAUUUCUGGGCUUCGGUGUCUUAAACAAAUCUUGAAUUUACGCUUACACAAUAAGCAUGCCACUUUAAAAUAUUCAGUCAGUGCUGCUGACAGAUUACUGUCAGUAGUACUGUGUUUGUGUUGCAUAAGAACACAAAUAGUUUUUAUGCACAGGUGAUGACAUGUCUGUUUGGUUAAUGUAAAUCACACCAUUUCAGGGAAUUCCUUUAUUUCAUUUUUUCCCUCUGGCACUAGUGCGGUGUAUUGCUCCUUUGUAAAAUGUAAUUUGUCAUUUAAUGUAGUUUUACUGGAACUAGGAAAGUAAUAGUAAAACAGCUAAUAGGUGUUAUUUAAAAAAAUGUUGCUUGGACAUUGCCAACAUGAUUGGCUCUUACUGGACACAGAGAUUUAGGGUCCCACGGGUUGCAGUCUGCAACAAAUUAUGUCAUUACUUCCACGUACCUAAUUUGAUGUGAUUACCAGUCGACAUAGUCUUGUGUUUUAAUAACUUUAUGUCCUAAUAUGCUAUUCAAAAAUAGUUCAUCCUGCAAAUUAACCUGUUCGUAUCAUAUUUAAUUCUUAAGUCGUAAUUGUUUUGAAGCAAUCUAAUUGGUGGGCGUAGGGCUUGGCUUUGUGCUACACUGCCCCCUAUGGGUUUGGAAUGUUUAAAGCAACACUAAGGGGCAGAUUUGCACAGGUUUUGUAGAUGAAACCUUUUCUGAAAAUGGUUCCAUGUGUGCGAUAUAUUUAAACGAUAUGUGUGGCUAUGUGUGUACAUUGUUUGAUUCCAACAAACUUAGUGUUUAUAGGAUUUUUUUGUUUGAGUCCUCGUUAAUCACAUUUUGUCAUCGUAAGCCUUAAUUUUCCACAACCAAAUAACAAACGCUCUCAUUUGGGACGGGGGGCACCACAAAUGGCUAGCGACGGCCCUGCAUAUAGCCAACAGAAUUUGUCUGCAGGGCAAUAUAUUAAUAUGCAACAUUUCCCCCUCUAAUUGAGUGCUAUAUACAUAAUUGACCUUUGUAGAGCAGCUUUGACCAGGGAAUUCAGAUGAGAAAGCAAACAGUCCCAUUCGGUAUGCCAUAAUUACUUAAUUUUAUAGCAUUUAAUAAUGUUCCGUUUUAUCUUUUAAAGACUAAUAUAUGGAUUUUUACAUAAAAUAUAAGUUCAAAGAAAGAAGCCUUUGCUAUGACAGUGUUCACCUUCCCUUCUGUUCUCUCUCUCUCUCUCUCUUUUUCCUCUUGGGUAUCUACAUGAGCAAACCACACCUCUUUCUCUCUCUCUCUCUGUCUCUCACCACUUCAGGGAUUAGACAGACUCCCUUCGCUGAAAUAAUAGAACAGCCUAAACAAAGUCUUCGCAUGAAGCCUGUUUUGUGGAAGUCAAAUUCCCGCCAACCAAUGGAAACAUUUUGAAGAUUCAUAGAAAAUUCUGACAGCUAUGACAAAUGUACGCACUCGGUCCAGGACAUUUAAAGUGAAGCUGCUGGUUUUGCUGCUGGCUCUAACCGCCGCCGUGUUUCUAAAGUCUGACCUCACCGACUGGCUCUGGCUGCAGGAUCAAAACUCGUGUGCUUGCGGGAAGCGUUUGUCUAAAGACAACCUGCGGGCUCUUCAUCGCCUGAACCAUUCCGUGGAACCGUUCCUGACCGUAAACACCAACCUCUCUGAGGAGGCUUUCAGAUGGUGGACGCACAUACAGCAUGAACAAAGGGACUUCAGUUAUUAUAAAUCAACAGUGCACAAGCUGUUUGAGCUUUUGCCACCCGUUGCCGAUCAUGGAGAGCCCAGUUCUGACAGCUGCAGGACUUGUGCUGUUGUGGGAAAUUCGGCCAAUUUGAAAGGAUCACGUUACAGGUCGCUGAUAGACUACCAAGAUGUUGUUAUAAGAAUGAACGCGGCUCCCACCAAAAACUACGAGAGUGACGUGGGGACCAAAACGACUCAUCGCGUCAUGUAUCCGGAGAGCGCCGUAGAUUUGGAUAACUCCACUCUUCUUGUGCUGUUUCCCUUCAAGAUAAACGACCUCCAGUGGGUCAUCAAGGCCAUUACAACAGGAUUUUAUGGAAGAUCAUAUGUACCAAUAAAAUUCAAAAUAAAAGCCAACAAAGACUUGGUGAUGGUGGUCAAUACAGGCUUUAUGAGGUACGUUCAUGAAAUUUGGCUGAAAAAAAAGGGAGAUUAUCCAUUCACCGGCUUUAUGGCUUUGAUCCUUGCACUUCAAAUUUGUGAUGAGGUCAGCGUGUUUGGUUAUGGAGCAGAUGACGACGGAAACUGGAGCCAUUACUUUGAAACACUAAAAAGCAAAAACUUUAAAACUGGACCACACCCUGGAAAACACGAGUAUGCAAUCAUAGAUGAGGUGGCUCAAAACAAAACAAUCAGGCUUUACAACAAGUGGUGAUAUCGUGAUUGAAACAAGUCACUCUUAAAAAAAUUAGAUCACAUAUGUCAAUGAGAACUACCUGUAUAGAUAGUUGCAAUAGAAAAAAAUCUAAAAACUUCUUCCAGAAUCGAAACUCCUCAGAUGGUAAAUGGCCUGUACUUUUAAAGCACUUCACACUACAUUCAGUCACUCGCGCACUGAUGGUGGUAAGCUAUUAUAUUGUAGCCAUAGCUGCGAUGGGGCAGUCUGACAGAAGUGAGGCUGCCAUGCACUGGGCGGAUCUGACCACCACCAGCAGGUAAAACGGGUGAAGUUUAUUCCCUAAGGACACAAUGACUGUGAAAGACGGAGCAGGGUUCAAACCGGCAACCCACCAUUUACAGAAUAAACUCCUAUCUUGUCCGGCAAGGAAAAUGAAAAGUACAUUUUGGCAUUGUGUUUCCUACUGGUUGGAGGCCCUCAUCCCUCUUUUGCACAUCCCACAAAGAUGUCAUUGUUACCAUGGUUUUCCAUGCAAAUUGAAAUGCAAAUCCGUUUUCCAAACUGUCAUACAGACAAGACCCGAUUUCUUAGGAAUAGUGACAGGGACAUUGAUUCAGGAGCUAAUUUGGCAAACAAAUCUUGUUGAUGCUCAAACUGAAUGCAGCUUGCUAGUCAACAGCUGUUUAAAACUUUUAGCAAGGUGCAAUUUUGCCACUGAGAAGUGAGUUUCAGGCACAUUCUGUGUUGUCUACAUUUGAUGUCCUUCGGAUGUGAUGCACCUCAAUCAGCUUUGUUUCAGCAAAGAUGCAUCUUGCCAGUGCUGGUUGUUGAUAUUUUUGUUGAAUUAAUGUUCAGAGGAGUAAUUAUUAGGGAUGCACCGACAUGAAAAUUUGGGCCGAUAUCGAUAUCCAAUAUAUUUAACAGUAUUUACUGAUACUAUAUAAAUAUUUACACUUUUGACUGUGUAAAUAUUUACUUAUUGGACUGAUACUGAUAUAAUUAUAAUGUUGAUACCGAUAUAUUACACAUCCCUAGUAAUUAUUGCUAUCAGUAUUUAUUUCCAGAGAUUUUAAAUACAUUUCUCUAUUAACUGUUUACUUGUGAAAGUCUAUCUGAAGUUUAACUGUUCUUUCUGAAAACAUAGAAAAGGCAAACUAUAGAUAGGUUAAGAUCAAAGUAAGCUACGCUACACAUAGUCCCGUAGCCAUAACAACUGACUGACAACAACUCCACUAGCGGACCAGAAUUGAACUCCAAAAAUCGUGCAAACAUUUCCCACACAAAGAAAAGAACAUCCAGUCCAUUACAGAAUCAUGUUUCAGGCUUGAUGUUUACUUUUGCAAUUCUUAUUGUUAUUCAUCUGAACACAUUAAAGGUUGGUGAGCUAAUUUAAACACUUGCUCUCCUGAUGACCAGUAAGAGUUGGUGUUUAUGUCGCCUUACUUCUUAUUAACUCACCCGAGACGCACCAAAUUCUGUAGCACAUCUACAUGUUAAGGAUGUCAAAGUCAAGCUAGCUAACUGAUCUAGCUCCCUCACUAUCAUUUUUUUUAAUCAAAACUUCUCGUCGAGUUGUGAAAUAUGUUGCCUCAGACCUUAUCCCUUUAUCUGAUCAUUAAUUCCAGAAUAAACUAACAAUGAAUGCAGUGAUGCAGAGACACCACUUUCCAUUUCAUCAUGCUCCAUGAAAAACAAAGUUUGUAGUUGCUAUAAAAUUUGCAUUUUCUUUUUUUCUUGCUGGUUGUUCCUAAAUCACUAAAUAGCAUAUGUGUUUGUAAAGGCUCAAAGGAAUGUUUUUUGCAUGCUUGGCGCACCCAAAGUGUGUAUGUGACCUCUGUUAAAACACAAAGCCACUGAUCCUUCUUCAUGUUGCAUGCAUUCCGUAAAUGCAUGUGGGGGUUGAUUACAGCUGAAGAGCCGGAGCGACAAGAUGGGAUUUAUUUUAACCGGGUGGGGAGGCAGCAUAGCACAAUGUUCAAGCUUUAUUAUGUUAGCAGGAGUAAAGAUAUUCCUAUUACCAGCCACUCUGUUUUUUUUUCUUUAUUUAGCCUGUGGUUUAUUGUUAAUUCUUUUAAUGUUAAAUUAUCAAAAAUUACAAACAAAAAAAAUUCCAAGGAAAAAACCAAAAUCUCACUCAAUCAACAAUCCUUAAAGCAGGCAAGAUUUUAUUUUUUUUCUCUAAAUUUUGUUCCAUUUUUGAGUAGCAGUCACAGGUUAUGCAAAGUUAUUCUCAAUUUGGUGACCCCUUCAUGUCCACCUCUAUCUUAAAAAAAAUAAAAUAAAAAAAA